UAAAAUCAAAAAGCUGUUUUUCUCCCCACGUGACGUGAUGGUAGCACCCUGUUCCUGUAACUGUUUGAUAAAGAGAGCAGACGCACAUGGGCUGCGUCUCUCUGAACUGAUAGCAGACAUCAGGACAGAACAAAGUCUCUAGAUUUGAGGCCUCCGGAGCACAAUGACAUCUCAGGUCUCAAAGACGGUCCUGCGACUGCAAGCUGAAGAAGUCCAGACACUGAAAGAUGGAAUUAAUUUCAAGAAAAACCCAGAGGAUGGCAAAUGUUACAUCAUUUACAAAGCCAAAGACAAACUACGAGCGUGUAGAAACCAGUGCAAACACCAGGGUGGACUCUUCAUUGAAGACAUAGAGGACUUGGGCGGCAGGACAGUGCGCUGCACUAAACACUACUGGAAACUUAACGUGGCCACCAUGGAGUACGUCAACCCUCCAGACAGCUUCAUGCAAGAUGAACUCGAGGCAGUGCUGUCAGACACUGACGGUAGUUUAGAGCUGGUUGAGUUGAAUCCUCCAGACCCCUGGACUGCAGAGCCCAGAGAAGCACAAGAGCUUCACGCCGGAGAGAUCACGCUAACGUACAUCACGCACGCAUGUAUGGAGCUUAAAGCGGGGAACAAGAAGAUGAUGUUUGACCCAUGGCUCACAGGACCAGCGUUUGCGAGAGGCUGGUGGCUCCUUCAUGAACCUCCGUCUGAUGCCAUGGACAGACUCUGUCAGGCAGAUCUCAUUUACAUCAGCCACAUGCAUUCAGAUCACCUGAGCUACCCAACUUUGCGACAGCUUUCCAAGAAGCGUCCAGAUAUUCCCAUUUACGUCGGAAACACUUCACGGCCGGUGUUCUGGUAUCUGGAGAAAAGUGGAGUGAAUUUAACAAACAUCAACGUGGUGCCGUUCGGCGUGUGGCAGAAUGUCGACGAUCACCUGAGAUUUAUGAUUCUGAUGGACGGAGUUCAUCCUGAGAUGGACACCUGCUUGAUCGUGGAGUAUAAAGGUCACAUGAUCCUGAAUACGGUGGACUGCACCAGACCAAACAAUGGGCGUCUUCCACACGGUGUUGACGUGAUGAUGAGCGACUUCGCUGGCGGCGCCUCCGGUUUCCCCAUGACCUUUCAUGGCGGCAAGUACACUGAAAGCUGGAAGGCGGAUUUUAUCAAGAAUGAGAGGAAGAAACUGCUGAACUAUAAGACUCAGCUGGUGAAAUCCCUGCAGCCCAAGAUCUACUGCCCCUUUGCUGGAUACUUCACUGAAGCUCAUCCCUCUGACAGGUACAUAAAGGAGACGAACAUCAAGAACAGCCCAGUAGACCUGAAUGAAUCCAUAAGGAAGAGCUGUCCAAACACCUUAACCUGGACACCUUUACCCGGUUCUGUCCUGGAUUUGGCCCUCGCACUAAAAGACCCAUCUAACAGGAGUGCCAUCACUAAACCGUACAACGGUACAAAAAUCUAUAAGGACAGUUGGGACUUUGACUGGUAUGUGGAUGAGCUAAAUGCUUCCAUUUCAGCUGAAAUCUUUAAAUACAAAAGCUGGAUCCAGCACUAUUAUAACUGGGCGGGAUUUAAAGGCUACAAUCUGGUCAUUCGGGUCAUUGAAACGGAUGAUGAUUUCAAGCCCCUGCGUGAAGGUUACGACUAUCUGGUGGACUUUAUGGACCUUUCUUUCCCAGAAAUGCGCCCGGAGAGAGAGCAUGCAUAUGAGGAGAUCAAGAACAGAGUGGGUGUGAUGAGGCACGUGGUUUUGAACGGGCUGCUAUGGGACGACCUGUACAUCGGCUUCAAUAACAGAAUGAGUCGAGAUCCUGAUGUUUACCACCACAAGUUCUGGAAUCAUUUUCAGACGGAACUGCCACUAUCAGCACCAGACUGGGAUCAUUUCCUUCAAACUGCCAGAGAAACAGACGUGACAGAUGAGAGCAGUAACAGCUGUGUGCUGUCUUAAUGCACACACACGUUGGUUUACAUAAGAAGACCUCUUGUACCAAGCCUGGGAAGGACAGGACUUCUCAUUGGUCCACAUGCAGUUUCUGCCCUUCACCCAUCUAGAGACUACUUCCUAAGGCUGGCCAGAGACUGCCAUAAAAAUUCCUUGGGACCUCAGCAGCAAUGGGUGAAACAAAGAGAGAUCACAAAGAUCCAUCCAAAGCCAUUCAAAACUAUGUUUGAAAACCUUAGAACUGAUGCAAACUACACAUCCAUUUCAUACUUAUUCACAGGAAUAAGUAUUCUCAGUGACAGCUAUUUAUUACACAGAUUCAGCUGUUAAUGUACAAUUGAAUGAAAGCAUGACAGUUCAAUCUUCUUCCAUCAUGUUUAGUCUCUAUUUGUUUAGAAUAUUGCCAAAGGUAUUCUGGUGGUGGUUUGGAAAGUGAGAAAUGCAUUGGUAAACUUUAAAGAAACUGUAAAGACUUCCAACUUUGUGCUUUAUGCAAAUGAGUUCCACAGGGGAAAGAAGGGUGAAACACACUGUGUGUGUCCCCUCUGAUGCCAGCAGCCAAUCACAGCACUCGAAUGGAGAAGCGCCAAAUUGCAAUCUCCUCCUCAUCAGAAAGGGAUAAAGGUACCCUUUCAACAGACAUUCCUUGUUCUGAGUCUGUCCUGCACGAGGAUAGACAUUAACAGAUACACCGUUCUGAGUCUGCCCUUCAAAGGGGAAAGACAUAACAGAUAUACCGUUCUGGGUCUCAACUCUGUAAGGAGUGAGACAUUAACAGGUAUGCCGUUCUGAGUCCCGGCUUGCGAAGCUGAGACACUAACAGAUACAACACCGUUCUGAGCCUCUGGUCCAUCCAGAGAGACAACAACAGGUCCCACGAUCUGAGUCUACAGCUUGUGAGGCAGCAGAGACGACCACGUUCUGAGCCUCCAGCCUGUGAGGAAAGAGACAUUAACAAACACUACGUUCAGAGUUUCCGUCCAGUGAGACAGUAACGACAUUUGCAACAAGGUUAAGCUCAGGAGAGAAAACCUUGCUUCCAAGGUACCUUUGUCUGCGUGUUCCAGAUUGUUAAGGACCUUCUGCACCUACGCCAGGGCCUCAUCUGCGUGUUCCAGAUUUUAGGACCCUUUGGUGCUCCAGGAGAUCAGCAUCCCGCAGAGCUUCGUGUUCAAGACAGAUUCUGGCUCCUCUCCCCACUGCAUUGUCACCCAGCACAACGUGGAACGUAAAUAUCACUUAACCAAACCUCUUUCCAGAGACCUUGGCAUUGUUGUAUAUUAUCAGUAUAUAAUUUCCUAAUUCAAUUUAAAACUUUGCAGGGUGUUUUCAUUCAUUUAGAUUUAUGUUACACACCACAUGAAAGGUAAUUUUCAAAAACCAAUAAUAUAUAAUAGGGGCACUUUAAUAAAAUCAUUUAAAGGAUUAGUUCACUUUGAAAUUAAAUUAGCCCAAGCUUUACUAUCCCUCAAGCCAUCCUAGAUGUAUAUGACUUUCUUCUUUCUGAUGAACACAAUCUGAGAAAUAUUAAUAAAUAUCCUGUCGCAUCCGAGCUUUAUAAUGGCAGUGAUAGUGAUCAAGAAGCUGAAGAUGGUGCAUCCAUCCAUUAUAAACGUACUCCACGUGGCUCCGAGGGGUUAAUAAAGGCCUUCUGAAGCGAAGCGAUGCAUUUGUUUAAAAAAAUAUCCAUAUUUAACAAGUUAUAAAGUAAAAUAUCUAGAUAUUUAGCUUCCGCCAGACCGCCUUCCGUAUUGAAGUUACGAAGAAAGUGUAAACUGGCGUUACAUCAGUUACACUUUUUCCGUAAGUUGAAUAAGAAAGGCGUAGAACAUAGCAUAAGCUUUGAGAACUGUAUUCAGCUUUCUUUGUACGUUGAAUAUGGAAGGCGGUCUGGCGGAAGCUAAAUAUUUUACUUCAUAACUUGUUAAAUAUGGAUACUGUUUUACACAAGCGCAUCGCUUCGCUUCAGAAUGCCUUUAUUAACCCCCCGGAGCCAUGUGGAAUAUGUUUAUGAUGGAUGGAUUUAGCGUUGUAGUCGAGAACAGCUCAUUCGAGUCUGAGUCAAGACCGAGACCAGAGAGGUUGGAGUCCAAGACAAGUUUCACAUAAGGUUGGGUCUGAGACAAGACCUAAAGAAAUCUUCAAGAAUAUUGUUUGGUGGAAACAAUAAAAUUGGCACCAUACUCAUCAAAUAUAGCAUGGCAUGUACACUGUAUUUUAUUUACUUAGAGUGAUAUUGGUUUAAAAAUUAUUAUAACUUAAGGGUAUAAAGGCCACAUAGUAGGUGGUGUAAAGGCAAUUUGUUAGAAAAGAUUUCUAUUUUGAAUAAAUGCUGUUAUUUUUAACAUUUUUAAAUCAAAGAAUCCUGAAAAAAAGGAUCACAGCAUGUUAUAAAAAAUAUUAAGCAGCACAACUGUUUCCACUUUCCCUUUUCGAAAAUUAAACAGCAUAUUAGAAUGAUUGCUGAAGGAUCAUGUGACACUGAAGACUGGAGUAAUGAUGCUGAAAAUUCAGCUUUGAUCACAGGAAUAAACUACAUUUUAAAGUAUAUUCAAAUAGAAAACCAUUAUUUUAAAUUGUAAUAAUAUUUUUUAAAAUAUAUAUUGCUGUUUUUGAUUAGAUAAAUGCAGGCUUGAUGAGCAUAAGGCUUAUUUCAUAAUGCCACAUAAGCUAAUAAUUAUCAAAAAUGGUAAUAUAAUAAAGUCCUUUCUUGUCACCAUUUCGCCAGCCUACACUUUACAUAAUAGGCCUGUAGGUGGCACUUGGGCUUCAUUAACUAUGAUAGUUCCAUCAAAUAGUAAACGGUGUAUCAGCACUAAAUGAAUUGAACACUACUUUUGGCUUUGUAGUCCGUUAACAUCCAUUUUGUCAGCGAUGCAUUUUGAUUUAUAAAAUGAGACAAACAGCAGAAAUCGCUCGUCUGUCCAUGUAAUUUCCACUUCACGUUGUUCAAUGAAAUUUGAACUUGUUGUGCCAGAUCACGAUUGGUUGGGGUGUUAUACAUGACAAACCGGCAUUGGUGAAUUAUGUAAUAUUUUAAAAUAUAUAAUAUAUAGAUUUUUAAUUAAAUCGACACACUAGCUUUGAUUAUUGAUGGGGAAAACCCAUAGCAACAAAGUCACAUACACCUAGGAUGGCUUGAGGGUGAGUAAAGCUUGGGGUAAUUUUCAUUUCAAAGUGAACUAAUCCUUUAAUCAUUUGAUACAAUGCACUUACUGUGUACAUACAUAUAUACUUAUAUUUUUAAAGAUACCUGCUUGCAAUUGUGUUUUGCGUUACACCAACACAAUAUUAUUUUAUAUUAUAUAUUAAAUAUAUAUUAUUUGAUGCAAAUUUAGUAGGUAAAGUCACCUAAUAUAAAGUGUGACCAAAAAUUAUUAGUAUGCUAGUGUUUCUAAUUACAAGGAUAUCAGCAUGUCCUCCUAAUGGGAGCAUGGCCUGAAACCUGAAUACACUCUACUAUAUAAGGCCCCAGUUUCACAGACAGGGCUUAGGCCUUAAGUCAGGAUUAGGCCUUAGGUCAAUUAGGGUAUUUAAGUGGCUUUUAUAAAAAGCCACUUAAAUGCCUCAGAUGACUAAAACUUUGGAAGAGACGGCGCCAACUCCUGCGAUGACUUCAGAAGAUGCAACAUCUGGAUCAACACGCACAUUCACAUUCUAUAAAUCCUAAUUAUUGUUAAUAUGUAAUUCAUUUUUCCAGGAGCUCUUUGCUUCUACCUCCAAUUACAUUGCUAACAGUGAUUGUAUGUUAAUCGCCUAAAUUAUUACAUUAUUAGCUAACUGCAGUCUCCAAAUUGUAAUGUUGACAUGCAUUCUCUGUAAAGCUGCUUUGAAACGAUAUGUAUCGUGAAAAGCGCUAUACAAAUAAAUGUGAAUUGAAUUGAAUUGAAAUAAAAGUACCCUAGAAAAAAACAUUAUUGGUGUGCAUCUUAAGCAAAACAAUAACACUGGCAUAUUUUAAGGUAUGUCAGUGCAAGUUACUUUCCAUUGAAACAGCUCAAACAUGCAUUUUAGUCUAGGACUAGCUUAAGCCUUGUUUGCGAAACUGGUGGAAGGACUUUAUUGUAGAUCAAUCAGUGAGUGCACACACACACCCACACACACAUUAUGGUUAUCAUUGUCAUUUUUCUGGGAUACACCCUUAUUUAUGUGGUUUCGGGGGUCUGAGGGUGUGAUACUGAUGCUGCUCAAUCAUACAUCUUAAAAAUAAUUAAAAAAUAAUAAAAAUGUAUUGUGUUUCUCCGAAAUACUUGAUUCUGUGCUCAAAUAAUUGUACAUAAUGAUGCUAAACAGUACAAUUGUUUGUUUUCCCUGGCAUCUGAUUUUCUUUAUAUUUUUUCCACAGUAGUUUUAUGUCUCUUUACAUCAGGUUAAGUUUGCUGUAUUAUUGUCAUGUAGUUUGGUCUUAUUUGGGUGGAAGACAGCAAUGUGUCAAGGUCAAUGGGGUAAAGUCACCUCUGCAGACAAACAACAUGGGAGUACCGCAAGGUUCUGUACUUGGCCCUCUGUUGUUUACAAUGUACAAUGUGCAAAACGAAAAUGUGUCGCACCAUGUACGUUUCGUGACAGUUUCAGUGUGAAAUGUCCACUGAGUGGCGCUAAAAGCAUGUUGAGUUUUUUUCCGAAACAGAUGAACGUGAACGUUUUUAUUACGUUGUUUUUAUACGUAUCACCGCAAUUCUGAUUUGAAAUGUCCGGUGAGUGGCGCUAAUGCUCCAUUACAUUUAAAAAUAACGUGCCACCAACACUACACCUAAACUUACCCGAUAGUGGUAACAAAAACAAAUGUGACAUAAAAAGCAUUUGUAAUCAUGCCAUUUUAGCUUGUUUUUGAUCUCUCAUCUUUGAGUUCUUUUACCAUGACACAUCUUUCAGGGGAUUCGUACCCAAGGCUUUCACAUCCUAAGUACAACUCUGUAUCAGCUGAGUUACCGAGCAAACUUAUGUCAGAAAAGCGAAACAUAUGGAGCUGGUUAAGCAAUGCAAAGUCCAAAAUGUAUUUGUUUACAAAUCGUGCACUUUGGUAAAAGCGUUUUGAGAUCAUAACAUAAUAUUGUGCAAGGAGAUGUGAAUCAUAACGAUUAAAAGUGCUUGCUGUU